AUGUGUGAUGGUGCAAGCAGCACCGUCGCUCGCAUUCUCGCCCACGGCUCUGCUCGGCUGGUCAUGGCGCCCCGCUCCCUGGCGCCGCUGCUCACUGAUGCCCUGCUGCUACUGCCGGGGGUGCUGCGGGGGACGUCUAUCAGGCAUUCCACAGUCGACUCAAAACACGAUUCAUCUCCCCGUGUUCGUGCAUCUACCUUCCACUGCCUUCUCCCAACCCUCCACUACCACCCGCCCUUUCCCUUCCAGGUUGUCAUUAUCGAAGAUGACGAAGAGCCGUCCGAUCAGAGCGAUCCAGGUGGCAGCGCUACUGACGUGGCAGCCCUGGCCGCAUCACUGAACGCAAGAGGGGGAGGGGGAGGAUUCAGGGGAAGAGGAAGGGGAGGGGAGAGGAAGGGAGUGGUGACUUAUGAAGAGUUGGUACAGGAGGGGGAUGAGCGGUACGAGUGGGAGUGGGAGGGCGGAGAGGAGGGCGGGCAGGGUGAGGGCAGGCGACUCAGGGGCGUGGUGGAGGACGAGUGGGAUGCCAUUGCGCUCAACUACACAUCUGGCACCACCGCUCAACCCAAGGGCGUGGUGUACACACACAGGGGCGUGUACAUAUCAGCCCUGGCGAAUGUGCUAGCAUGGGGCCUGCAUGCGCAGCCAGGCGGGCAGCCCCCCAUGUACCUGUGGACGCUGCCUCUCUUCCACUGCAACGGCUGGACCUUCCCCUGGGUGUUCGCUGCUGUCGCUGGGACUAACGUUUGCUGCAGGGAGGGUUACCAGAUGGAGAGGAGGCCUCGGAGCUGCUCAGCUGUGACGUUUGGAAGGAACCUUUGCCUCUCGGUUCAGAGCGAGCUCAAAGUGGUGACAGCCAUGUGGAACGUGGCAGGCAUAUCCGACCCGCCUGCCCAUCUGGACCUCACGGACCUGCUCUCCCUGCAGCAACUCGCCCGACAUCAUCGCCAUCGGCUUCCAGAAAAUAGUCCCACUGAGCACGGGCAGUGUGUUGGGGAUGGACUCAGAGGAGGCGCUCCUGAAACAGUGGAGGGACAUGUGGAUGGGGCAGAGCAGGCAGUGACAGACAAAGGCAGCAGGGUUGGUGAUGAUGAGACAAACAGCAUGAGCAGUAGCAACGGUGUGCAGGGAAGGGGCACACCUCCCCAGUCUCUGACCAGCAGCAGCGACCCGUCCUUCCACUCCAGCAGCUUCCACCUCCCCUCCUCCGCUUCUGACGCCUCGAAAGGGUCGACUGAUGACAAUGCUGGCACUGCUGCUCCUACCACACCUGAGUGGGAGGGGGUUGCGCUGCAGCAGGAAGCACAUGCAGAUAAGGCAUCCCAGGAUCUCAUCAGCGUGCCGCUCACUCCUGCUGAGCCCAUCUCUGCAUAUGGAGGCGUUGGAGGAGGAGCUGUUGCUCCGACCAUUGACACGGGAAUGAUCGGGACGAGCUACGGUCAAUUCAAGUUUGGAGUAGAGCAUAUCUCCGUGACGCCGCUGCUGGAGGGAAGGCACGACCUCACCGCGUGGGUCAGCGCCAUCCGACCUCAGCUCCAAUGCGCUGAUUUGUGGCAGUUUUGCAACGGGACAGCACCAAGCCCGGCCCUGAACAACCCCUUGCAACGAAGGGAGUACGCAAAGGGCCAAAUGCUUGCAUUCAUGGUGCUGAAUCGUUGUGUUUCUCCACCCAUCCGAAUGUCUAUUGCUGGUUUCUCUCGGCAAGAGAAAACCGGGCAGAUGGCAUGGGCAUACAUCUUGUCUACCUAUCAAGCUCGUGAUGCCCUCCACGCUUCCCUACUUCAGACCCAGCUAGCCCAACUCAGGAAGGGAGAUGAUGAGACGGCGGAAUCCUACUGCAACAGGGCCCGCACCAUCCGAGCGGAGCUGCUGACCAUUGGACAGGAGGUCCACAUGGCCACGUUUGCCGCUCACGUGCUGAAGGGUCUGCCACCGGAGUACGGUUUUCUUCGCCGCAAGCUCGACAUUUCCAGCCCUGACAUGACGGUGGAACGUGUGUGCAGCGAGGUGUUGAUGGAGGAGCAGACUCUCUCCAUCGAACACAGUUACAAGCAGAUCGCCAGCGAUGCAUCUGCUUUCUCGGGCGCUGUCAACACGAUCGUGGCUACAAUUGGGGUCAACGGGAAGGAAGGAAAAGGGGAGAAGGAGCAGACGGACAAGAAGAAGGAUGGCAAGCGGGAGAAGAAGCGAGGCCCCUUCAAGGGGCGCUGCUACAACUGCAAUGAGGAGGGGCACAUGGCUGCCAAGUGCCCCAACAAGAAGAAGGAUGUAACGCCCACGGCAGCCGCAAACGUUGCUGAAGGAGACGAGAAGGGCAUGGCGCUCACCGUCGCGUGUUCGGCUGCAAAGCUGCUGGCCGACGACAAGGACUUGUGGUUCCUUGACUCGGGAUGCUCCCAACACAUGACUGGCCGCAAGGAGUGGUUCACGGUGAUCCGUGACCCAUCUGCAACGAAAUCCGUCAAAGGGUUUGAUGGUUCAAUGCAGGAAGUUGCCGGUGUUGGAGGUCAAGUUGCUGCAACGGCACGAUACCGCCAUCGCCUUCACUGCCUUGACCUGAAACCGGGGCCAGCAAGCAACGGUGCAACGGCUGCAGUGGCAUGCAACGGCACGGCGGCUGCAACGGCAAGCAACGGCACGGCGAAGGAGAUUGCUGAUGUGGCGUCAAGCAAGCCGGAAGCUAAGGAUGAUGCGGCCAGCCUCAAGUCAUACGCGGUAGGCUCCAAGGCAAUGCCUAACCUGUGGCACGCUCGCCUUGGACACGUCCACUUCGACGCGGUGAAGCGGACAGCCACGAGCGGUGGCGUGUUCGGUAUGGACCUGGAGAAAGGAGACCCCGAGCAGAAUCUGCCACCACCACGUACUGUCAUCGUGGUCCUGGUGCCGUCCGUGCAAGGGGGUGAACAACCCCUUGAUCGCUCGGUGGGCCCUUUGGGCAGCAAGGCACCUACUGCACCACCUCCUCUCGGUCCACCCUCCAUUGCUGAUUCAGCGCCCGCGGGACCAGAGGAUGGUUCCCUUGAGGACGGGGGCGACACGGCUGCUCUUGAGGAGGAAGGAGAGGUCGCAGUGAAUGAGCAGCCGCCAGUGGCCCAUGCGCAUGAGCCUUCACUUGCAGCUCCUCCCAUCCAGCCCAUUCCACAACCCCCACGUCACUCCAGCAGGCCUAACAAGGGGGUGCCACCCGUACGGUUUCAGCCAUCGGCCCUGACGGCCCAGGAUACGGACGAGGAGGAGAACCCGUACGACAUGGCGUACCUUGCUGAGGAUGGCUGCGACACGGAUAGCGAUGACUAA